CUGGUAUAAAGGCUUGCUUUCUUUCCGUGAAAUACAGCCAGGCCCAGAGGUGGGAUAUGGUUAAGGGGUGGGCAAGUACCUUCAACAGCUCCUUCCUGACUACGUCACUAUGAGAAGUUAUGUAAAUAUGCUGUUUCUCCUUUUGUGUACCCACAACUCUCUCUGAGGGAUUUUGUGAUGCAAAGAGGAAACGUUAACAUGUACAACUGAAUGAUCACAACACUCCGAACUCUGGAGUAUCUUGAGAAGUUUAAAAUCCCAGCAGAAUCCCAGUUCCGCAGAAUGGCAGACAUGUCAGUGGAGGAGAUGACAACUAAAGCCAACUGUGUAACAGAUCAGUCACUUGAAAGCACUAGACGAAUGGUACAAAUGACAAAUGACAGUUUGAACGUUGGGGUCAAAACAAUGACUAUGCUAGAUGAGCAGGGAGAAACACUAAAGAAUGUGGAACGGGAAAUGGACCAGAUCAAGCAGGACAUGAAACAAGCUCGAAAAAACCUGAAUGAACUGUCCAAAUGCUGCGGCUUGUGUUUGUGCCCAUGUAACAGACUGAAGUCCACCGAGAGUGAUUGGAGAAAAAAGCAGGUCAGGGAACCAAAGGAAAGCAAGCAGAAGGUGGUAUCCAGCCAACCGACUGCCGUUCGCAAUGGGCAGGCUGUUUCUGCUGGGUCAACGGCCCCCACUGGCCCCUACAUCAAGAGAAUAACAAAUGAUGAUCGAGAAGAUGAGAUGGAAGAGAAUCUAAGUCAGGUGGUCAACCACAUUGAAAUUUUAAAGAACAUGGCACUAGACUUGAGCAACAAGAUUGAAGAUCAAAUCCAAAUAAUUGAUCAUGCCAAUAAUGAGAUUACAACAAUUACAAGUGAGGUUGCCGCUGCGGAAAAACAAGCCAGGAAACACAAGAGAAAUACAGAAAGGACCACCAAAAGCUAAAUCAUGAAAUUAAAACUUACACUAUGUAUUUUUUAUAGACGUUAGUGUGAACAAUUCAUUUGUGAAUGCAGACCCCCAUCCGUAGUUCCCAUCCUACAUUUGAUUUUUUUUUUUUUUU